AUGCAGUCCGUCCUGCUCCUUCUGGCGGUAGCUGCCAGCGCACAAGCUUUCGGCCUGAGACACAGAGCUGAUGGUGGCGCUAUCAGCGCCUCCCACGCGGAGGCAUCAUCAACAGGCGUGGGUGCUGGACUGCUAGGCCUUGGACUCGGUGCUUCCACAAGCCACGCCUCGGCAGAAUCCGUUGGAGUGGGCCGAAGCAGCGAUGGCAUCAGUAGCUCCGAAGCACGAUCAUCAUCUGUAGGAGUCGGUGCUGGUCUCCUGGGUCUCAAUAUUGGUGGUUCUCUGAGCCAUUCCUCGUCUAAAGCCACUGGAAUGGGGAGAAGUGACAGUGGUCUCAGUGCAUCCAAAUCAGGAGCAUCAUCCGUAGGACUGAACGUUGGUAUAGGCGGCUUGGGAGUGAACCUCAAUAUUGGUACAACCAGAGGAAAGUCAUCAGCUGGUGCAGUUGGUGUGGGAAGGAGUGAGGGUGGAUUAAGCGCCUCUGAAUCUAAGGCAUCAUCAGUAGGUGUGGGAGCUGGACUGCUCGGUCUUGGCAUCGGUGGUUCUCUAAGCCAGACAUCAUCUAAGGCUGUUGGAGUUGGUAGGAGUGACACAGGCUUCAGUGGCUCAAGUGCAGAGGCAUCAUCUACAGGAAUUGGCGCUGGUCUCCUUGGAGGUGGACUGGCUGGUUCCCAGAGUCAAGCUUCAGCAGGAUCUGUUGGUGUAGGCCGCGGUGAUGGUGGGUUUAGUGCUUCUAAUGCAGAGUCUUCAUCAGUAGGACUGGGAGCAGGACUUCUGGGCUUAGGCGUUGGUGGUUCCACGAGCCACUCCUCAUCACAAGCUCUCGGAGUGGGUAGAGGUGAUGGCAGCUUCAGUGGCUCAAGUGCAGAGGCAUCAUCUACAGGAUUUGGCGCUGGUCUCCUUGGAGGUGGACUGGCUGGUUCCCAGAGUCAAGCUUCAGCAGGAUCUGUUGGUGUAGGCCGCGGUGAUGGUGGGUUUAGUGCUUCUAAUGCAGAGUCUUCAUCAGUAGGACUGGGAGCAGGACUUCUGGGUUUAGGCGUUGGUGGUUCCACAAGCCACUCCUCAUCAAAAGCUCUCGGAGUGGGUAGAGGUGACGGCAGCUUCAGUGGCUCAAGUGCAGAGGCAUCAUCUACAGGAUUUGGCGCUGGUCUCCUUGGAGGUGGACUGGCUGGUUCCCAGAGUCAAGCUUCAGCAGGAUCUGUUGGUGUAGGCCGCGGUGAUGGUGGGUUUAGUGCUUCUAAUGCAGAGUCUUCAUCAGUAGGACUGGGAGCAGGACUUCUGGGCUUAGGUGUUGGUGGUUCCAUGAGCCACUCCUCAUCACAAGCUCUCGGAGUGGGUAGAGGUGACGGCAGCUUCAGUGGCUCAAGUGCAGAGGCAUCAUCUACAGGAUUUGGCGCUGGUCUCCUUGGAGGUGGACUGGCUGGUUCCCAGAGUCAAGCUUCAGCAGGAUCUGUUGGUGUAGGCCGCGGUGAUGGUGGGUUUAGUGCUUCUAAUGCAGAGUCUUCAUCAGUAGGACUGGGAGCAGGACUUCUGGGCUUAGGCGUUGGUGGUUCCAUGAGCCACUCCUCAUCACAAGCUCUCGGAGUGGGUAGAGGUGACGGCAGCUUCAGUGGCUCAAGUGCAGAGGCAUCAUCUACAGGAUUUGGCGCUGGUCUCCUUGGAGGUGGACUGGCUGGUUCCCAGAGUCAAGCUUCAGCAGGAUCUGUUGGUGUAGGCCGCGGUGAUGGUGGGUUUAGUGCUUCUAAUGCAGAGUCUUCAUCAGUAGGAUUGGGAGCAGGACUUCUGGGCUUAGGCGUUGGCGGUUCCACGAGCCACUCCUCAUCACAAGCUCUUGGAGUGGGUAGAGGUGACGGCAGCUUCAGUGGCUCAAGUGCAGAGGCAUCAUCUACAGGAUUUGGCGCUGGUCUCCUUGGAGGUGGACUGGCUGGUUCCCAGAGUCAAGCUUCAGCAGGAUCUGUUGGUGUAGGCCGCGGUGAUGGUGGGUUUAGUGCUUCUAAUGCAGAGUCUUCAUCAGUAGGACUGGGAGCAGGACUUCUGGGCUUAGGCGUUGGUGGUUCCAUGAGCCACUCCUCAUCACAAGCUCUCGGAGUGGGUAGAGGUGACGGCAGCUUCAGUGGCUCAAGUGCAGAGGCAUCAUCUACAGGAUUUGGCGCUGGUCUCCUUGGAGGUGGACUGGCUGGUUCCCAGAGUCAAGCUUCAGCAGGAUCUGUUGGUGUAGGCCGCGGUGAUGGUGGGUUUAGUGCUUCUAAUGCAGAGUCUUCAUCAGUAGGAUUGGGAGCAGGACUUCUGGGCUUAGGCGUUGGCGGUUCCACGAGCCACUCCUCAUCACAAGCUCUUGGAGUGGGUAGAGGUGAUGGCAGCUUCAGUGGCUCAAGUGCAGAGGCAUCAUCUACAGGAUUUGGCACUGGUCUCCUUGGAGGUGGACUGGCUGGUUCCCAGAGUCAAGCUUCAGCAGGAUCUGUUGGUGUAGGCCGCGGUGGUAGUGGCUUUAGCUCAUCUAAUGCAGAGUCUUCAUCAGUAGGACUGGGCGCCGGUCUUCUUGGUUUAGGCCUUGGUGUCUCAAAUAGCCGCUCCUCUUCACAGGCUGUUGGCGUGGGUGGAGACGGAGGCAGCUUAAGUGGUACCACAGCAGCAGCAAAAUCAUCAGGAUUCGGAGGUUUUGGAGGUUCUGAGAGCCAAGCUUCAGCAGGGUCUGUGGGAGUUGGCGGAGGUGGCAGUGGAUUCAGCGCCUCUGAAGCGCAGUCUUCGUCAGUCGGUCUGGGUGCCGGGUUAGGUGGCCUUGGCCUGGGGCUUGGACUCUCUACAAGCCGUUCUUCAGCAGGAGCUGUGGGAACAAGUGGUGGUGGCACUGCACUAAGCUCCGCCCAGUCUAAAUCGUCAUCGGUGGGACUAGGUGGUGGCCUCCUCGGGCUUGGCGUUGGUGCUUCUCUUUCAUCGUCACAAGCUGCUGCUUCAGGUGGGAGCUACGGUGGGGUCAGUGCAUCUAAUGCAGGAGCUUCGUCGGUUGGAUUAGGUACUGGACUGCUUGGAAUACUCUGA